UGUUCCCUAAAAAAAUCCAGUCGCAGACUGAACUCAACUGACCGGAAAACGCAUCCAGAGUUAAUCGUCGGCCGCCGCUAUAAUCAGAAGAAAAAAGGGUUGAAUAAUUAUGACUAUGUUGGGGAAAGCGAGAGAAGCGGGGAUUCCAUUGAUGAAACUUGUUAGGUUAAGAGGAAUGCCAAUUUUGGAGCAAUUGCGUUUAGAAGAACGGUUACUUCGAACAAGUUCAGAUAAUUGGUGUCUUAUUAACGAUGGAACCAAUUCCCCUGCUAUUGUAAUGGGCUUAUCCGGGAAACUUUCAGAACUUGUUGAAGUCAAGCCUGUGUUGCGAGAUCAUAUACCCGUCAUCAGAAGGUUUACUGGGGGAGGAACUGUUGUUGUUGACCAUGACACUAUAUUCGUUACGCUGAUAUGCAAUAAAGAUGCUGUUCCAAAUGUUCAACCCUUUCCCCGUCCCAUUAUGUCGUGGAGUGGCCUAUUGUACAGUAAAGUUUUUGAAGGGCUUGCCGAUUUCCAUCUUCGUGAAAAUGAUUAUGUGUUUGGUGAUCGUAAGUUUGGUGGAAAUGCUCAAUCUAUAACCAAGCACCGGUGGAUACACCACACGUCUUUUCUAUGGGAUUAUGGGGGCCAGAACAUGUCUUAUCUCAAGUUACCUGCAAAGGCUCCCAAGUAUCGAUCGACAAGAGAUCACAUGGAUUUUGUUUGUCGAAUGAAGGAGCAUAUACCAAGAUCAGAAUUCAUAGAGAGAACUAUAAAGGCAAUUGGAGCCGAGUUUUCUGUAAUUCCUAUUAGCUUGGAGUCCAUUAACAUUCAUUCUGUUUCUGAGUAUGUUCAUUCUACUAGGCUACUAACAGAUCAGGAAAUUCAAGAAGCUUCAAUUAUUCAAACUUGAAAACAUAGUUACAUAAGAACCGACCACAAUUUAACACCUGUUUGUUUUUGCGGUGCAAAGAUGUUGAACAUGCGAUAGGGUUAAAGCUACUAUGUGAAGCUUCUGCUUGAACGCGCAAUAACGGUUGUGUCAUUGUGAAAACAAACGCACACUUAUAAGCAAUACACAAGAUAAAAUUCAUCAAUGGGGUAAGAAGGAUGCUGUCGAGGAACUUGCUUUCCCAAGUUGAGUGCUGAUGAAAUUUAAAUUGUUAUCUUAUCAAUUUUUUCCGACAAAAUUUUGUUGCUUAUUCUUUUGGUAGAAUAUUUCAAAUGUUUUUGGCAAUAUAUAUUGUCUUUAUUUCAUUCUGAAUUUUCAACUAGUAUCUUAUUCUUAUUUAGAUGACUAGAUUUUUCU